UUUCACAAGUGGAGCAGUUCCUUGAGACGACGAAAGUAGAAAGUAGAAAGUAGAAACACUCAAAUUCCACUUUUUUGAGAUUUGACGUUCAAAUCAGGUUUUCUUCUUUCCCUUUUCACCUUAUCGGCGAAAUGGGUGAAACCACCACCGCUGGAGAGGCUCUCAAAUCCAAACCGACGAUCGUGGUCCCGCCGCGCGGCCUGCUUUUCGCCAACGCGUCUGGUCCCGGGUUCAGCCCGGGCCCGAUGACCCAGCUGGUCUCCAGCUUAUUUCCCGAGCAGGGCCAGGCUUUCUCUUUCUCCCGCCUAUUAGCUGGAGCCAUGGCUUCCCCACUCGCCGCGGCUCAGCCGCAGCUACAACCGGAGAGCCUUAGCCCUUUGUUCAUGGUACCUCCUGCCCUGACUCCCACUGGAUUGCUUAAUUCACCUGGCUAUUUCUCACCUCUUCAGAGCCCAUUCGGAAUGUCUCACCAGCAAGCACUGGCCCACGUCACGGCCCAGGCUGCACUAUCCCAAUCUCUCAAGCAAAUGCAAACACAGUCUCAAAAACCCUCAUCCAAAGACCGGUCGCCUGAUUUUAUUAUCAACCCGAAACUAAAUCCUCCACCGUCCGAACCCGAGACUGCAAUAAUAUCUGAUCUUACUCAAUCGGAUAGAAAACCCGCCUGUGAAAAGCCAGCUGGCGACGGCUAUAAAUGGCGAAAAUAUGGUCAGAAGCACGUGAAGACGAGUGAGUGCCCGCGCAGCUACUAUAAAUGCACGCAUAUCGAUUGUCCUGUCAAGAAGAAGGUCGAACGAGGUCCAAAUGGUUGUGUGUUGGGGGUUACGUAUAAAGGAGAGCAUAAUCACGGCCAGCCUCAACCCAGUAAACAAGGGAAAGUUGGUUUUGCAUUGGAUGCCUCGAAUAUGACUUCACUAGUGCAGGUUGAAACCAAACCGAUACCCGAGCAUCAUCAGGAAGAUAGUGAUAAUUUUGACAAGGGGGAUGGUGAUAUGCCAAUUGCCAAAAGAAGGAGCUUGGAUAUGGUGACAUCUGUGCCAGCUGCUUCAUCACAACAAACUGUGUCGGAAUCAAAAAUUGUGUUGCAAACAACAAGCGAAGUUGAUGUAUUGGAUGAUGGAUACAAAUGGAGGAAGUAUGGACAAAAAGUGGUUAAGGGGAAUCCUCAUCCAAGGAGUUACUACAGAUGUACACAUGCAGGCUGUAAUGUCCGGAAACAUGUCGAGCGGGCUUCAUCAGACCCAAAAGACGUGAUUACUACAUACGAGGGCAAGCAUAAUCACGACAUCCCAGUUGGAAGGUACACAAACUCGAAUGCUCAAACACACAAGACAGAUUCUAAAGAGAUUGGUUUUGGGGACACAGAGCAUAUACCUAUAACUCUACAGCUUAAAGAAGGACAAAUCGCAGCAUGAUCUCAAUGUACUCUAUAAAAAAAACAAGUGCUAACUUAUGUGCAUCCGUUUGCAAAUAGAAGGUGAAAUAUAUAUAAAGUUCAUGUAGACAUAUAUUGAUAGACUCCAGAACUUGGUAAUGACUAUAAACUGAUAACAAUAUGUAAGAACUAUUAGGCUGUAUCAGCUGUAUAGUACCUCUUUUGUAUGUAUCCAGUACUUUGUAUUUCCAUCCAAUGUUAACAAGAAUGUGAGUGUGAUGUGUUGAAUAAGAGAUCCUGACAGUUUUUCUCCCUUGGAUAUAAUUGUGUUUAUUUGUCUUUUUAUUUAUUUAUUUUUUUCUGGAACCUGGAUGGUUUGGAUGUCAUCUACUCCCUCGGAUAUAAUUAUGUAGCUUUUAUCAGAAAUUGAUGUGUUGAGUAAGAGAUCCUG